UUAUCUUUAUUUCAUUCGUGCUUUCAAUUGAAGAAUUUCAUUUUAUUUUUUCAAUUAGUAAACUUGCUUGUUACGCUUGCGAUUUUAAGGACAUUUUGUACUAACUCAUACCUGUGUACAGAACCGAAACUUGUAGUUAUUUAAAAAAGUUGCAUAUUUGUAUUUUGAACAAAUAUAAAUGAUCGUCAAUCGAAAUCGUUUAUGCCUUCAUUUAAAUUCCAGUCGGAUAUAUUUUAAUCAGUGAGGUAAUAAAUAUAAAAAACAAAAUUACAAAUAACAUUGUCUCUGGAAAAUGCCAAAGCAAAUUCAGUGAAAAGUGAAGCUGCUGAAGUAAAUAUGUGACGAAAACGAAAAAAUAGAUACUAUUAUUGUGGCUUGCAUUCUAUUUUUAAACAUUAGUGAUUAUUAUCGACUGUCCAUAGUUAUAAAUAAAUAGACUAUAAAAAAAUACAAGCCAGUUGCUCUUAGCCCAUCAUAUCACUGCAAGCCUGCAUAGAAGAUACAGAUAAUAUAACAAACGUGGGUUCACAACAGAGGCGUCAUCAAAUGCAUUUUAUUGACUGAUUUCGCACCAACAACAAAGUUUGUCUUCGCGAUACCCGAUUGCAAAAUCCAGUUUUCCCCAUUCUUUCAGGUACUUAAAGCCUUCCCUCUGUCGCAAAAACAAGCUUCAGAAAGCAGCUGUUGCCUUUACUGCCAACAUUCUCUUCAUUGUUUACAUCUGCAUGGAUACAAAUCAUAUAUGUAAACAUCUAUGUACAUUCAGGUGCUGUGUGGCACGCAACUCCGUCUUGUUGUAAUCGGAUUUUGUCAAGAUCAACUUCUUCCAAUUCCAAGUUGUUCCAAGGCCAUAACAGCAAAUUUCCGAAGUUCACGGUGGUGCAAUGGCUUCAUUUCUUAAGUGAGAACAAUUUUAUAUGGACGCAAGCGCAAAUCCUUUCUCAAAAUCUGUCAGGUUAUGUUUUGAGACAGUCCGAGAUAGUCUUAGAAUCGACAAAUUGCGGUCUUCAGCAACAUUUGCCUGAACGGCAGUAAUAUUUUAUUACUUCGAGCGGUUCUUUGUCUUAUUGGUACUUGAACAUUAUGUAAAGAAAAUGUAUGCUCGAAAUUUUCAACAAUUCGACAAAUAGCGAGCACUGGUGGACGAUUAUUACGAUAAUAAAAUUGCUUAAACGCACGAAAACUUGUAAUUGUAACAACGAACACACCUAACACCCCUCUUCAGAUGGUCUGAACGCAUCUAAACAGUUCGUUUGAAUUUUAAUAUGUCCACAAAACCAUGGAUUAACGCUGUUCAAGGCUUUUAUAUUGACGAUAGUUCUUUAAAAAAAGGAAGAUGACUUCUGCGGUAAACAGUGACACAUUUGCUGCAACUUCAAGUUCGAUCUUCAGUUUAUCCAGUACAAUUGCAGAAACUGAGUGGUUAGAGGACCUGUUGCACGAGGUACAACUUGAGCAGUUCCUGGAACGUAUACGCGAUGAUUUGCAAGUGACCCGAUUGGCCCAUUUUGAUUAUGUGCUACCGGAGGAUCUCGAACGUUGUGGUUUGGGAAAACCUGCCGUACGUAGACUUAUGGAGGCCGUGCGGAAGAAAAAAGCACAUCAGUGGCGCAAAAAUAUUCUCUCAAAACUGAUUGGCGGCGGAAAGCAACCGUCAUCGAAAAAGUCACAACAAGCGGUUAAUAAGGAACAUCAAAACACUCAACUUACGUGUCUUAUACACGAAAAAGAUAUUACCCUUGGCAUCAAAUUAGGUGAUGGCUCAUUCGGGGUGGUGAGGCGUGGGGAAUGGCACUCCGUCCCAAAUGGAAAAGUAAUGCCCGUUGCUGUGAAGGUGCUAAAAUCGGAUAAUCUCACGCAACCGGGCAUAAUUGAUGAUUUCUUCCGUGAGGUGCAGGCAAUGCAUGCUUUGGACCAUUCGAAUUUGGUGCGUUUGUACGGUGUUGUUCUAUCCCAGCCAAUGAUGAUGAUCACAGAAUUAGCGGAGCGUGGUUCGCUGUUGGAUACAUUACGUAAACAGUGCAAACAUACACCGUUAACUAACAUUUGGAAUUGGUCGGUACAAAUUGUCACCGGUAUGGCGUACUUAGAACACAAACGCUUUCUGCAUCGAGAUUUAGCAUGUAGAAAUGUGUUACUUGCUUCCGGCAAUAAAAUAAAGAUCGGCGAUUUCGGUCUCAUGCGAGCACUUCCGCAAGAAGAUGAUUGCUAUGUGAUGUCUGAACACAAAAAGGUUCCCUUUCCGUGGUGCGCACCAGAAUCCUUACGGUUCCGGCAGUUUUCACAUGCCUCAGAUACUUGGAUGUUUGGCGUAACGCUCUGGGAAAUGUUCACAUUCGGUGAAGAUCCAUGGGUUGGACUAAAUGGAUCUCAAAUAUUACGAAAAAUUGAUAGAGAGGGUGAACGUUUGCAUCAGCCAGAUGCUUGCCCUCCAGAUGUGUAUGAAAUGAUGUUACAAUGUUGGGAUAAAUUACCUGCAGAACGUCCAACGUUCGCUGCGUUGAAGGAAUUCUUAGUAGGAAUGUCUCCGCCUUUAUAUAAAGCAGCACGAUCUUAUCGUGAAGAGAAUCGGCUGCAGAUCGAUGCUGGCGACACUUUGGCCAUUAUUGAUGGUCGCGCUGACUUGAAGCUAAUUAAAGGUCAAAACCAACGAACAUUUGAUAUUGGAGUUUUCCCACGCAAUAUAUUGGAAAAACAAAAACACACAAGCAGCGAUCUAAUACAAUCAAUGCAUGAAAGCAUUCGUCAAAGCGGCGGACAUUCCAGUUCACCCUUCGGAUUUUGCUGGGGUGGAGCUGGAGCAAUGAGUGCGAGUGCAGAAAUCCAAUCAGAGAGAAAUCGUAAACCACAACCACACAUGCAACAACCAGCGCAUCAUGUCAAAGAACGGAAAUCUGUGUCUAGUAAACAGUUUGCGUACAAUAAAUUGGUUAAUGAGCGUACCGCUGAACUACAGCGAAAUCAAUCAGUGCAGUUCGCAAAAGGAAAGGGAGUUAAUAACAUCAAACAAGGCCCUCAGCGCCCGCCUCCACCGCAACAAAAACAAAUAGAGGGUAUAUUGAUUGACAUUUCACCAGAGUUUGGGCCUCCUGCAACUUCCAUAAACUGUGAUGAAAGCGGGUCUGUAAAAAUUAAAAACUCCUUGUGUUUAUUGGACGCACCAAUAGAUAUCCCAACAGAGGGAGAGGAGUAUGGUGCAAACUCGUUUGCUUACAGCAGCGCCACAGCACAACAAACAUUUUUAACUGGAACUUCGCCGCUGGCACAACGACUUCAACCGCCGCCUUACCAGAUGCCACCCACUUAUUCGAACACAAUUGAAUUCACACAACAACAAUCACAAUCAAUACAACAUCGUGACCCAUUUGAUACUAGUAGCGUGCAUAUGAAUUGUGACCAAAAUACAGGAAAUAAUGCAGUGUACACAAAUGUAAUAGGUCAUUCGCCGUACCAGGUGCAACAGUCAAUAUUGCGCACAAAUUCAAUACAGUCAUUAUAUAGCAGUCCUACAGCAAGGAAAAGCCUUUUCUCGGGAACAUUAAAUUCCUCGGGCAAUAAAGAGAAUGUUCCACAGUCGCUUGCCACAGAAAACCAAAAUAAUGUGAUCUCUGAAAACGAAGAUGCGCUCCAUACAAGAUUGUCUUCACUUACCUUGGAAAAGCCAACGGUUGAAUCCUCUACAGAGAGUAAUGUUUUGCUGGACCAAUCUUUUAUUGCUGAACUAGAGAAGGAUAUGUACAGCAGUAAGGGUCAAAAUGAUUACGAACGCAAUUCCAUGCAAAUGUAUACGAGUAAGGAAAAUGUGUACAAACAAAAUUUGACGCCUUUAAAAAAUUCAACCAGCCUCUCGUGCACAACAAAUGCAUCAAGCAGCGGAGUUUCUCCUAAACUGCAAAAUAUCGAAACGUACAACCAAGUACAAUACUCAAACGCAGCUAUCACUGAAGCACGCAAAAGCCUUAAUGAUCAGCAUAAACUAAAUAACCUAGAGGUUGCUGGAACAAAUACCACUACAAGUGGUGAGGAGAGAACCGAAGGGCUUACUGAAAACACCCAAGAUGUUAUUAAUCGAAUAUGGUAUGAUCGUGUCAAUGGCACUUCAACACCUGCAACUUAUUACUCUCAAACUCCGGAAAAUGCAUACCAAAAUCAGAGUAAUUACGCAGAUCGAUAUGCUAGCGUAAUCAAUGGCAAGGAGUCAAACCAUAGCUUCGUGGCGCUUUCAAAUCGAGUUGUGCCGCAAGCAACACAGGGUAGUAAAAUAUAUGAAUCUGCGGCUUCUCUGUAUGGCAGUGUGAGUGGGUGUGAAUUAUAUGACGCUGUAGCUGCAACACCCUCAGCGUAUUAUGGUCAAAUACCUUUGAACGCCGUUGAGGCUGACAACAGUAUUUUCUCUAGUGAAUUAACUACAGCAUCUGCAGCGCCCGCUGCGAUUUACGACGAAGUUACGCUGGACGACUAUUUACGUCCACAUCGACCAGCACCGUUAGCUCCACCACUACUCUCAACCCAGCAAAUACAACGUCGUCUGGAGAAGCUAAAGCAGCAUCAGGAUGGGGGUGGAAAUUUAUAUGCGCCUGUUCCAUCCGAAACCGCAAAGGAAAACGAAAAAAUUCAGCAAAUACUUAAGGAUUUAGGUUCAGCUGCACAGGAAGUAGAUGUUCGUAAUGCAUUAAGAGCAGCAAACGGUGAUGCAAAUGCCGCAAUACGACACUAUAAAAUUGACCAACUCACCAGACUCGGUCUUGCCAAUCGUCCCCAGUGUGAACAGGCGUUACAAAAAACCGGUUGGAGCUUAGAGCUUGCAGCUGCUGUGUUAUUAGAAAGUACUUCUUAGAAGAUUUACGAAUACCGAAAUUUCUUAGGUAUCCAUUAUCCCACAAUUCAUCAUUCCAAAUUACAUCACAUUUUCGGCUCGCCAAAAUUGAGGGACUAUUUUUUUUAUAAUACAGCUAUGUAUUAAAAGUAGAAAUAUUCAAAAGGUAAUUAUCGAAUAUAGAAAAAAUUACAUGUUUUGAAUUCAUUCGCCGUCCUAAGUUUGGAACAAAAAACGAUAAUAUUCAAAAUACCUGAUAUUAAAACUUUCGAAUUAGUAAAUUUAUUUAGAGCGUAAAGCAUUUUAUUCAUGACUUACAAACUAUAAAAUAUAUAACAAGCACACGACGUGUUAAAAUACAGAUAUAAAUAAAUGAAAUCAAAAUUCCAAUAUACCCAUGUCAACUAGACUUCAAAAUAUUAUAUAUAUUGAAUCGCAUGAAAGAAUCAUCACAUGCAUAGAUAUAUUUUUAUGUAAACAAAUAAAAGUAUAGAACUUGUUAAAUGCACAGAA